UCUCCCCGCCCCAGCAUCCCGAUUCCCCCGGCGGAGGGGGAAGGGUGUGACACCGGAACCCCCCCUCCCCGGAACCUUCUUCCCCGGCUCCGCGCGGCAGCUGGGUUCGCUUUGAGGGUGACACGGCCCGGCCCGGCGACAUGGCGGCGCCCGGCAGGUGCUGCCUGCGGAGACUUCUGGCUCAGUUUCCCAGGAUUGAUCAACGUACCUCAGCAGUUCCCUGCCUUGGAAACAUACAGCAAUCCAUUAGACCCUAUGCUGCUGCAAAAACUGCAAAAAAAGGUUCAAAGGAUGCCAAGCAGAAAACUUCGGAAGCAGAGCCAGCAAAAAAAAAGAACACUUACAGACGAAAGUUAGCAAGCAAGCCAGUGGAUGAUGUGUAUUUAACAUGGUUGUAUGAAAGGCCAGUCUAUGAUGCAGAGGUGGCUGUGGACAUGCUGAAGAAGUUUCAGCAGUUGGACUUCACUUACCCAAAACAACAUGUAUAUGCUAACCUCACCUUGGAUAUGAUGCUAGAGAAGAAGAAAAAAGUGGAUCAGCUUGUCAGCACCAUUCUUCUGCCAUAUCCUUUUGCAAAUGAAAUCAAUAAAGUUUUGGUAUUCACAGAGAAUGCAGAAGAAAUUAAAAUAGCAAAAGAAAAUGGAGCUGCUUUUGUGGGAGGGACUGAAUUAAUCCAAAAGAUUUUGGAUGACGAAAUCAAUGCAGAUUUUUACAUAGCCGUUCCUGAAAUAAUAGUGAAGUUGCUACCUUUAAAAAACAAACUAAGAAAAAAGUUUCCAAAGACUAACAGAAAUUCUCUGGGCCGUGACAUUCCAAAAAUGCUGGAACUCUUCAAAGCGGGCCAUGAGUAUGUGGUAGAAGAGGAGAACCGUAUCGAGACAAGAAUAGCAACGCUGGAUAUGCCUAAUGAGCAGAUAGUUGCCAAUCUGGAUGCAAUUAUUAAGGAUGUCUGUACAUACAAGCCAUUGAGCUAUGGCCCAUUUGUGCAGCGCUUGAUUAUUCGAAGUUCAACCAGUGAAGGUUUACAACUAAAUCUAAAGCGUUUUCUUCCUCAAGUAGAGGAAGUGGACAAAGAAGAUGUUAAAGAAGCAGAAGCUCCAAGAUAGCCUGCCAGUGUAUUAUACUGCAAAUUCUCCUAACAUUUUCUAUUCAAGAAUUCCCAGGAGUAUUUAAAAAUAUGUUUUCCUAUUAGUUUGUUUGUUUACUCUCAGAAAUUGGUGGUGUAGCCCUGAUCUCAUCUUUUUUUAAAAAGUUAAUAAAUGUCAUGUUUGAGAUUUCAUUUUUAAUUCCUGCAGUAUCAAAGGUACCUUUAGACUUUGAGCCACUUUGUUUCCUCCGUGUGCAGGUGAAAGCUUUCAUCAAGUUCAGUUUGUUACACAUUGUAUUGUAAUUUAACCAAAACUUACUUUAUUAUAAAUUCCCAUCAUUAUUGUAUAACCUUCCAGGGCAAUAGUCUCAUAAUUAUGCAUGCUUAAUUCUUCAUUAGUACUAUUGGGAAUGAUGAGCCCAGUCCUUCAAGGUGCUUAGUAUGCUCUAUUCCAGUUGAAACCAAUGGGAAUAGAGUACUUGGCACUUUGCAGGAUUGGGUCCUGUGUAAGCUUUAAUGCACGAUAGUUGAAAUAGGUCAUUUUGUGGGAGAUGGAUGUAGGUUUACUAGACAGAAGUGGGUCACAUUCUACUUUCUGUAACACCAGUAUAAAAAUGGAAUAACUCCACUGCAGCCAGUUGGUGUUACUCCUGAAAUUUGCUGGAAAUAUCGUUCUGCUCUGCACACAGGGGGAGGGGAUUGCAAGGAGGUAUAAGAUUUUUUUUUGCACUUCUGCGAUACAUGGGCCUUUGAAUGGAAGGAUAGCCCCUGAGAUAAGAGGUACUUAUCUUUUGUUAAGAUGAAGACAUUCUGUUAAAGGAAGAGAGAGAGAGAGAGAGAUCUCAUGUGGAUAUACAUAAAUAUCCUGUUUGUUCAGUUCUAAAACGGUUAACGACUGGAGCUUGGGUUCUAGGACUCUGCGAGGGGGCAGGAUACCAGAUCUGUAGCCUGAGCUGAACAUCUACACUGCAGUUAGACAGCCCCUUAGCCUGAGGCCUGUGAGCCUAAGUUAACUGGCAUGGGCCAGCUGCAGGUGUCUAAUUGCAGUGUAGACAUACCCUGAGAAGGCUCCCCCCGCAUCUGACACUAUAGAAGACACACACACACACACACACACACCCCGCAUGGGGGGCUGGGCACAGUGAAGCCUGUGGGGAGUGCUGUUCCUGAGGUCAUCUGUUUGCUUGCAGGGAUUUCCUUGCAUAAGAAUGACAAUAGGUAGCAUUCUUACAUAGAUUUCCCAUGCAGACUCUGUAACAGCCCUGGGGUUGUAGAACAUGUGUGAGUGGGGAAUGAGUAGUAUCUGGGAGCUGUAUUGCUAUGGGCAUAGUGAUGGGCCAGACCUGCAUGUGUGCACUGCAGUUUGUAGAAUUUACCUGACUACUUCAGGACAUCUGUGCAUCUGGCGGCCCAGAGCCCCCUGACAGAACAAUGUAAAGGAAACUCAGUGACUUUCCUGUCUCUUCUGCAUGCUUUACCUGCAUGAUCCUUCAAUUCUUGGCCAACAAAAAUGAUUAUUAGAGUUGGCUGAAAGAUGUUUAAUUGAGAGAUGGCUUUUUUAUGUGAAAAAUAUGUAAAAAGAAAUUGAUCUGCUAUAAGUAAAUGAAAAAUUGAUAGUUUUUGAUUGAUUACAAAAACUCAAAAAUUGGGACUGGUUUCAAACCCCUUAAACUGCAAACAGCUUUGGAAUUUUUUGCAGAAUUAGUGUUUAACUUUUUUGACCAGCUGUAGAGUUAUGCAAUCAGUUGAAUCAAUAACACUGAAAGCUUUUGGCACCAACUAGCAGUUACUAUUAAUCAUUGUAAUUCAAAAAUUGACCAUUAUAUUUACCUCAGAGUUGAUGUGAUUAAUAUGGUACAUGUGGGCUGUAAUUAAAUGUCUUUUUUUCUCCCCAACAUACUGUUUGAGUAAAAGCUUUGAUUCUGUAGCAUGAAAACAUGAAAUUUUAAGUAGUUGACCAAAAAUAAUUUUACUCCACUUUACUGUGUAUAAAAACAAACAAAAACCGCUCUACCAAAGCAUUAUCAACUCACUGAUCAUAACCAGUAGGUGGCAUUCAUCUUCUGUGCAGAACAGUUCAACUUAAUUUGUCAUUCUGUGUUUUCUCACGUCCUCAAAGCACAGAUCAAGAAAAUUGAGACCAAGAACUUUACGUGAUUCAGAAUGGAAACUGGAUAUUUAUAUGAAUAUCCAGAAAUCUAGAGUUUUCAAUGACAAAAAUAUUAAACCUUGUGGUCCAGGGUCUAAAACAAUCUCUCAAUACUAGCGAUCAGGAUGAGGCCUAAUGUAGGAGGCAGAUAAUCCCGCAUCCUUCUUCUGAAGUAUCUAACUACUGUCAGAGACAGGAUGCUGGUCCAUGUGGACCUUGCCACCUGAUCCAUUGACCCCCUCAAAUCAAAGGGAGUCCUUCUAUUGACUCUUUCAGGCAGGAGGUGAAUAAAUACUGUCUUGGUUUGGAGAUAAAAUCCAGUGAGACUUUGUUGCACGAUACUUUUUCCCUCAAGUAAUCUUUUUUGCCACCAAAAAUUUUACCAAGAUAUGAAUAUUAAGACCUGGGUUAAUUUGAUGUUCAUGGAAGUGAGUGGCUGACAUUACUAGCAAAAAUAGUGUCCAAUUAUGUGAUGUGUUUGAAGAUGUAGACUCUCAUCUGCUAGGCUGAAACAACCAACUUACUUUAAAUGUUGACUAAAUUAGGAGUUGGACCAAAUUCCAGAGAGUUGACAAGCUAAUCCACUGUAUCACCUGUCCUUAUAGAAAUGUCUGUAUUCUAGUUUAAAGUAGUGGAAAUAUAGAUAUUAAAACAAUCUGUAAAUGUCAUA